AACUUCCAGGCCAGCUGCGUUGUUUGUAUGUUUUAAAUCGCCUUUAACGCCUUUUUUUCCACCUUUUCCAAAUAUGUCAUGUUGCAAUGACAUCACGCCUUGCAGCGUCUUCAAGUUGAGUUGAUCUUCUUUUAUUCCUGUGUUUGCAGGUUGAAAGGGAGUGGGUGUUAGAGUGGACGCAAACAGAGACUUCCAGUCCGAGGCACUGCAGGCUCCAGUCCAGACAGAGAUGCAGUUGCGACUGCAAUAUUGUCCAGUCCAGUGUGUUUCCGGCGAUGUCAGGAGAUCUUGUGCAGAGACUCCGCACCUUCAUCACCAGUGUCAAGCACCUGGGUCACCUGGACAUCACUCCGGCCGCCUUGCCGCUGCCCAGCCCGACCGUCUCCUACGCCCAAGUGCCCGACUUGUUCCAGGAACCCUACGUCCUGUCGGGCUACCGUCCCGUCCGGCAGAAGUGGCACUGUUACCUCCUCAGCCUCUUCCAGGUACACAACGAAAGUCUCAACGUGUGGACUCACUUGCUGACCGUACCCGUGUUGCUGCUCCACUGGCGGGUCCGAGCGGGCGCCCUGGGGUUCAGCUUGGGAGCAGCCUCCCUGCCCCUGUUCCUGUUCCUGGUGUCCUCGCUGAUGUAUUUGCUCCUCAGCGCCGCGGCUCACCUGUUCCAGUCGCACUCUGAGCACGCGCACUACUUCUUCUUCUUCAUGGACUACGUGGGCGUGGCCGUCUAUCAGUACGGCUGUUCCCUCGGACAUUACUUCUACGCGUCCCAGUCGGCGUGGAGGAGCAGCUGCCUCGGACAGAUCUUCCUGCCCGGAGCCGCUUUCUUCGGCUGGCUGUCCUGCGCCGGCUGCUGUUUCGCCAAAUCCCGAUACCGCCGACCGUACCCCGUGGGCAGGAAGGUGUGCCAGCUGAUCCCGACCUCGCUGGCGUACGCGCUGGACAUCAGCCCCGUGCUCCACCGCCUGCUCACCGCUCCCUGGGCGGAGGAGCCCUCGCUGCCCUUCCACAUGCUCCAGAUCGCGUGCUUCCUGCUGUGCGCCGUCUUCUUCUCCUGUCCCGUCCCGGAGCGCCUCUUCCCGGGCCGCUGUGACUUUGUGGGCCAGGGGCACCAGAUCUUCCACCUGCUCCUGUCGCUGUGCACGCUGUUCCAGCUGGAGGCGCUGUUCCAGGACUACGUCAGGCGGAAGGACACGCUGGUCGAGGUGUUUGGCGAGAGGCAGCUGUGGUGGGCCUGCGCCGUCUUCCCGGUCCUGUUUCUGUCUUGCGUUUUGACUGCGCUCCUCGCCAUGAGGCACAAACACAAGCAACUGCAGGCUCAGAAAGAGAAAUGAACAUGCACACACUUCCCUCGUGGGAGGAGCGAUCGCAUUUAUUCAGAGUUGCAUAUGCAUGGGCUUUAGCCAGUGUAUCGGGACUUUGAUUAGUAUGUAUUGCUAAUAACCAAGGUGUCGGUAUCUUUAAUUAUUGGCAGGAGGAGCGAUCGCACUGAUUAUAAAGCACAUCGAGGCUAAAUUCAAGCUUGGGGGGUGUGGAUCACAGUGCUGAUGUCCGCCAAAUACUUUGACUAAUGGAUUAUUGCAGUUCUUACUAUUUAUAGUUGUUAUUAAUAACUGGAAAGAGGAGCGAUCACACUGAUUAUAAAACACAUCAACACUAAAUUCAAACCCGGUGGGUGUGGAUCCCAGCACUCAUGUCAAACACUUUGACAGGUGGACUUUUUCAGGUCUUGCUAUUUAAUGUUGUUAAUAACUGGCAAGAGGAGCGAUCGCACUGAUUAUAAAGCAGAUCAAGGCUAAAUUCAAACUAGGUGGGUAUGGAUCACGGUGCAUACGUCCACCAAAUACUUUGACUCGUGGGUUAUUUCAGGUCUUACUAUUUAUCCUUGGUAUAACUAGCAAGAGGAGCGAUCCCACUGAUUAUAAAGCACAUCGGGGCUAAAUUCAAACUCAGUGGGUGUGGAUCACAGUGCUUAUGUCCCCCAAAUACUUUGACUAAUGGAUUAUUGCAGUUCUCACUAUCGUUGUUAUUAAUAACUGUCAAGAGGAGCGAUCGCACUAAUCAUAAAGCACAUCGGGCUAAAUUCAAACUCAGUGGGUGUGGAUCACAGUGCUUAUGUCCCCCAAAUACUUUGACUAAUGGAUUAUUUCAGUUCUCGCUAUUUAUCGUUGUUAUUAAUAACUGGCAAGAGGAGCGAUCGCACUGAUUAUAAAGCACAUCAAGGCUAAAUUCAAGCCCGUUGGGUGUGGAUCACAGCACUCAUGUCAGUCAAACACUUUGACAGGUGGACUUUUUCAGGUCUUGCUAUUUAAUGUUGUUAUUAGUAACUGGCAAGAGGAGCGAUCACAUGGAUUAUAAAGCAGAUCAAGGCUAAAUUCAAGCUCGGUGGGUGUGGAUCAUAGUUAUCACGUCCCCCAAAUACUUCAACUAAUGGAUUAUUUCAGUUGUCACUAUUUAUUGUUGUUAUUAAUUACUAGCAAGAGGAGCGAUCACACUGAUUACAAAGCACAUCAAGGCUAAAUUCAAGUUCGGUGGGUGUGGGUCACAGCACUCAUGUCAGUCAUGUCAGUCAAACAAUUUGACAGGUGGACUUUUUCAGGUCUUGCUAUUUAUUGUUGUUAUUAAAAACUGUCAAGAGGAGCGAUCGCACUAAUCAUAAAGCACAUCAAGGCUAAAUUCACACUACGUGGGUAUGGAUCACAGUGUUCACGGCCGCCAAAUACUUUGACACAUGGAUUAUUUUAGGUGUUAGUAUUUAUCCUUGGUAUAACUAGCAAGAGGAGCGAUCGCACUGAUUAUAGAGCACUUCGGGGCUAAAUUCAAGCUUGGUGGGUGUGGAUCACAGUGCUCACGUCCGCCAAAUACAUUGACUAAUGGAUUAUUGCAGUUCUUACUAUUUAUAGUUGUUAUUAAUAACUGGAAAGAGGUGGACUUUUUCAAGUCUUAUUUAUUGUUGUUAUCCAAGGUGUUAUGUCAGUGUUAUCAAUAACUCCUACGAGGAGCGAUCGCACUGAUUAUAAAUACCGUCUCGGCUCAGAUUCACGUUUUUAAAGUCAAACUGGGUGGUUGUGGAUGACAAAUACUUUGACUCGUGAAUUAUUUCAUGUAUUUUCGUUUAUCGUUAGUAAUAACUGGCAAGAGGUCUUACUAUUUAUUGUUAUUAUCCAAGGUGUUGUGUCAGUGUUAUCAAUAACUGGCACGAGUAACAAUCGCACUGAUUAAAAAUCCUGUCUCGGCUAACCACAUUUUUAAAAUCAGGCUAGGUGGUUGUGGGUGACAAAUACUUUGACUAGUGAAUUACUUAAUGUCUUUCUGUUUAUUGUUAUUAUCCAACUGUAAUAAUAAUUGGCAGGAGGAGCAAUCACACUGAUUAUAAAGCAUGUUGAGGCAUGAAUCAAGAACAAUGGGUGUGGAUCACAAUGCUCACAUCUGUCAAAUACCUAAAUGGAUUAUUUCACUUCUUUCUAUUUAUUCUUGUUAUCCAAGAGCAGCAAUCGCACUGAUUAUAAAGCUAGCCAAGGCUCAGACCCACCUAUAAAAACAAGCUGGGUGGGUGUAGAUCGUAGCAUUCCAGUUAGUCAAACACUUUGACUUGUGGAUUAUUUCAGAUCUUUCUAUUUGUUAUUAUCCAAGGUAAUGGUAAUAAUAAUAACUAUCAGGAGGAGCGAUUGCACUGUUUAUAAAGCACAUAAAGGCUAAAAUCAAGCCGGGUGGGAUCACAGCACUCGUGUCGGUCAAACACUUUGAAUAAUAGGUUUUUCUAUUGUUGUUAUCCAAUGUGUCAGUAUUAUUGAUAACCAGCAAGAGGAGGAGCAAUCACACUGAUCAUAAAGCUUGCCAAGGCUCAGACCCACCUUUUUAAAAUCAAGCUUGGUAGGUGUGGAUUUCAAACACUUUGACGUCUGAAUUAUUUCAGGUCUUUCUAUUUGUUGCUAUUAUCCAACGGUAAUAUUAACUGUACCUGUCAAGUGGAGCGAUCGCACUGAAUAUAAAGCAUGUGGAGGCUAAGACCGAGCUGGAUUGGUGAGGAUCGCGGUGCUAACACCAAACACUUUGAAUAAUGGAUUAUUUAAGGUCUUGCUAUUUAUUGUUGUUAUCCAAGGUUUCUGUGUUAUUAAUAACUGACAAGAGGAGCAAUUGCACUGAUUAUAAAGUUUGUUGAGGCUCGCAGCUACCCAUACAAUUAAGCUGGGUGGGUGUGGAUAACAGUGCUAAUGCCGGUCAAACACUGACUGGUGGAUUCUUUCAGGUUUUUCUAUUUAUUGUUGUUAUCCAAGAGGAGUGAUCGCACUGAUUAUAAAGCUAGUCCAGGCUCAGACCAACCUUUUUAAAAUCAAGUGGUAGUGGAUCGCAAACACUUUGAAUAGUGAAUUAUUUCAGGUCUUUCUAUUUAUUGCUAUUAUCCAACGUAACAGUAAUUUUAAUAACUGUCAGGAGGAGCAAUCGCACUGAUUAAGUAUGUCAAGGCUAAAAUCAAGCUAUGUUGGUGUAGCUAGCAGUGCUCACUCACACCAGUCAUAUCCUUUGACUAAUGGAUUAUUCUAGGUAUUUCUAUAUAUUGUUGUUAUCCAAGGUGUUAUUGAUGACUGGCGAGAGGAGCGAUUGCACUGAUUAUAAAAAUAGCCAAGGCUCAGACCCAAUUGUUUUAAAAUAAGCUGUUUGGGUGUAGAUCGCAAACACUUCAACUAGUAAAUUAUUUAAGGUCUUUCUGUUUGUUGCUAUUAUCCAACUGUCAAUAUUAACUGUUAACUUUACCUGACAAGAGGAGCGAUCACACUGAUUACAGAAGCACGUGGAGGAUAAAACCAAGCUGGCUUGGUGUGGAUUGCAGUACUAACACCAAAUACUUUGACUGAUGGAUUAUCUCAGGUCUUGCUAUUUAUUGUUGUUAUCCAAGGUUUCUGUGUUAUUACUAACUGGCAAGAGGAGUGAUUGCACUGAUUAUAAAGCUUGUCGAGGCUCAGAGCCACCUAUAAAAUUAAACUUUGUGGGUUUGGAUCACAGUGCUAAUGCAGGUCAAACACAGACUGGUGGAUUCUUUUAGGUUUUUCUAUUUAUUGCUAAUAUCCAAGGUGGGAUUAAUAACUGUCAGGAGGAGCAAUCGCACCGAUUAUAAAGUAUGUUGAGUCUGAGCUCAAGCUGGGUGCGAGUGAAUCACAAUGCUAAUGCAGGUCAAACACUGACUGGUGGAUUAUUUCAGGUCUUUCCAUUUAUGGUUAUUAUCCAAGGUGUUAUUAAUGACUGUCAGGAGGAGCGAUCGCACUGAUUAUAAAGCACGUCAAGGCUCAAAUCAAACUGGGUGGGAGUGGAUUACAGCGCUAAUGCCGGUCAAACACUGACUGGUGGAUUCUUUCAGGUCUUUCCAUUCAUGGCUUUUAUCCAAGGUGUUAUUAAUAACCGCCAGGAGGAGCGAUUGCGACUGUUCAAGUAUGUUUGUGCUGAAAUAAUAAAAUUAA